AUGGUUAAGGGCAAGAAAGGCCCCAAGGGCAAGAAUAUCACCCUCAAGGUGGCCAAGAAUUGCAUCAAAAUCACUUUUGAUGGGAAAAAGCGCCUUGACUUGAGCAAGAUGGGAAUUACCACCUUCCCCAAGUGUAUUCUGCGCCUUAGUGACGUGGACGAGCUGGACCUUAGCCGGAAUCUGAUCAGGAAGAUCCCUGACUCCAUCUCCAAGUUCCAGAACCUCCGGUGGCUGGACCUGCACAGCAACUACAUAGACAAGCUGCCUGAGUCCAUUGGCCAGAUGACCAGCCUGCUCUACCUCAACGUCAGCAACAACCGGCUGACCAGCAACGGGCUGCCCGUGGAGCUGAAGCAACUCAAGAACAUCCGCACUGUGAACCUAGGCUUGAACCACCUGGACAGCGUGCCCACCACGCUGGGGGCCCUGAAGGAGCUCCACGAGGUAGGGCUCCAUGACAACCUACUGAACAACAUCCCUGUGAGCAUCUCCAAGCUCCCCAAGCUGAAAAAGCUCAACAUAAAGCGGAACCCCUUUCCAAAGCCAGAUGAGUCGGAAAUGUUCAUAGACUCCAUCAGGAGGCUGGAGAACUUGUAUGUUGUGGAGGAGAAGGAUCUGUGUGCAGCUUGCCUGAGAAAAUGCCAAAAUGCCCGGGACAAGCUGAAUAGAAUCAAGAACAUGGCCACAACGACACCGAGAAAGACCAUCUUUCCCAAUCUGAUCUCACCCAAUUCCAUGGCCAAGGACUCCUAG